AUGCCACCGUCUAGUCGCAAAGCCCAGCUGAAUCUUUGGCGCGAGAUUGCCUCUAAACGUCACGAGGGAACUAAGCCAGUGGACUCACAUCUAGACUUCAUUCAAAGUCGUUUCGAGGAACUCGACUCAGAAGGUUUUGUUUGGUCCAAGGAUUCGAUACUUGCUAUCUUCCUGCAAGUCGGUUUACCAGAAGGCCCACAUAGCACUUUCUCAUCGGAAGUCAAAGAACUUAUUCAAAUCGAAGAAUUACGACACAGAUCCCAUCCUCGGGGUCUCAUGAAUUUACCUAUCGAGAUAUUUAACAAGAUACUUGAAUCACUUGAUGACAUGGCUAGGCAUGAACAUCACGCACUCGAUUAUCUAAAGCGUAAACGUAUCGCGGUGAUCUCAGAUUCAGACCACAAGACACCUUACAUGACUUGUUUACCCCAAAACUCACCCAUCUUAAAUACGAUCCAAACCUUUUCACUUGCUUGUCCUGAAGUGUAUCAACUUUGCCGACCAUGGUUGUGGCGGAAAUUACGAUUUCCUACUCGGCUUCCAGCACCGAUAGAAUUGUGGACUGAAGAUAUCCUUCUUAGACAAGGCUCCCUUGUCCGGUCUCUAACCCUCCACCUUUCCCAAAACUGUACUCGACCUCAUGGACUUAUGCAUCGUGAUCCCUUUUACGAUAAUCUCACUCUUAAUAGGGAAGACGCUCAUCCAGAGAGAGUCUCUCCAAAGAAUGCAAAAGACCUAAUCAAUCGGUCCCCCAACCUCUCUGAGCUUACCAUCGACUAUAUUCAUCAAAGACACCCGGAAGACACAGUUGGACUCUCAGCUUUUCUGUCAGAGCUAGUUCCUCUCAUAACUAGUCUCAAACAACUCCGGCGGCUCACAUUAGUAAAAUUCAUUCCUUCGGGAGCAAGGAUUAGAUUUCCUACAGAACUCCUUCUUGGUCUACCCUUGCUUGAGUCGCUUCAAUGUAGCGAUAUGUUUCUGUCGUCAGAUCAAGGAAAACUCGGUGAUGAUUCCUUCGGUUUUGCACUGUCAAAACUCCAACAUCUAUCAACAUUACAUUUAUCUAGCGUUAAAGGUAUUGACAAACACUGGUGUCUUUACAACUGGCCAAAGACGAUCACCAACCUUACAAUUGACUGGUGUGAUGAUUUAACACCAAGUUCAGCGCAACAAGUUAUCCACCAUAUUGCCCCUCAUCUAACAAAUCUUGGUCUCAGCUUCGAGCAACGUGAUGUCAGUUGGGAGAUCAACACUGGCUGGGAUCCAGGACGUCUUUUCUCUCUUCCGUCUCUGACUGACUUGCAGCUUGAUACUCGGAACCCCGAAUUACUGGACAGCUUCCAAGAUUGUGAAUCUUUAGGGUAUCUUAAAUGGACCUACAUAACAUUAGAAGAUUGCAGGACACUCAAUGGGAUCCUUUCUCGAGGUACUUGGCCUCAGCUCAAGAGACUGUCUGUACAUGCUAGUAUUUUGAUCUCACUAAGUGCUCCUGAUCCUCAAAAUCAAGCAAUUCGAGAUGAAUUGGAUUCACUGGAAGAUUAUUGCAAACAAUUCAAUAUCGAAGCAUAUGUACGCCGGCCUCUGCAUCGCUAG